CAACAGCUGCUCCAACAACAACCACAACUACAGCUGCACCCACAACAACAACAGCUGCAACAGCUGCUCCAACCACAACUACAGCUGCACCCACAACAACAAUACGACUACAGCUGCUCCAACCACAACCACAGCAACUCACACCACAACUACAGUUGCUCCAACCACAACCUCAGCCACUCUCACCACAACUACAGCUCUUCACCCAGCACAACUACAGCUGCUCCAACCACAACCACAGCCACUCACACCACAACUACAGUUGCUCCAACCACAACCUCAGCCACUCUCACCACAACUACAGCUGUUCCCACCACAACUACAGCUUCACCCACAACUACUACAGCUGCACCCACAACUACAGCUGCUACAACAACUACAACUGCUCCAACCACAACUACUUUUGCACUCACAACAACUACAGCUGCUCCAACCACAACUACUGCUGCACCCACAAGUACUACAGCUUCACCCACAACAACUACAGCUUCUCCAAUCUCAACUACUGCUGCUCCCACCACAACUUCUUCUGCACUCACAACAACUACAGCUGCUCAAACCACAACUACAGCUGUUCCAACCACAACUACAGCUACUCCCACCACAACUACUGCUGCACCCACAACAACUACCGCUGCACACACAACAACUACUGCUGCCCCCACCACAACUACUGCUGCACCCACAACAACUACCGCUGCACACACAACAACUACUGCUGCCCCCACCACAACUACUGCUGCACCCACAACAACCACAGCUGCUCUCACCACAACUACAGCUGCUCCAACAACAACUACUGCUGCUCCAACCACAACUACAGCUGAUCCAACCACAACUCACGACUACAGCUGCUCCAACCACAACCACAGCCACUCACACCACAACUACAGUUGCUCCAACCACAACCUCAGCCACUCUCACCACAACUACAGCUCUACCACAACUACAGCUGCACCAACAACAACUAGAGCGGCUCCUACCACAACUACUUCUGCACUCACAACAACUACAGCUCUUCCAACCACAACUACAGCUGCACCCAAAACUACUACAGCUGCUCCAACCACAUCCUUCUACCACAACUACAGCUUCUCCAACCACAACCACAUCUGCUCCAACCACGACGACUGCUUCUCCAACCACAAUGACUGCUUCUCCAACCACUAUUACAGCUUCUACAUCCACAACUUUAGAUAUGCAAACCACAAGUGUUCAAACCACAACUACAGCUAUUCCAACAAUAACUACAGCUUCUCCAACCACAACUACAGCUUCUCCAACCACUUCCACAGCUCUUCUGACCAAUACAGCAUCUCCGAAAAUUACGACAGCUGUUCCAACCACAACGACUGCUGCUCCAACAGCGAGUACAACUGCUCCAACCACUACUACAGUGGCUCCAACCAAAACACAGGUGCUCAAACCAAAACUACAGCUGCUCCCACCACAACUACUGCUGCACCCACAACAACCACAGGUGCACCCAUAACAACAACUAGAGCUGCACCCACAACAAAUACAGGUGCUCAAACCACAACUACAGCUGCUCCCACCACAACUACUGCGGCUCCCACCACAACCACAGCUGUAACUACAACGACUACUGCUGCUCGAACCACAACUACAGCUGCUCCCACCACAACCACAAUUGCUCCCACUACAACUACUGCUGUUCCCACCACAACUAGUGCUGCUCCUACCACAACUACUGCUGCACCCACAACAACUAGAGCUGCUCCAACCACAAAUACAGCUGCUCCAACCACAACUACUGCUGCUCCCACCACAACUACUGCUGCACCCACAACAACCACAGCUGUACCCAUAACAACAACUAGAGCUGCUCCAACCACAACUACUGCUGCUCUCGGUCAGAGCGCGGUCGGGGGUCAAUAUAUGUCCGGGCAGGCCCUCCCAGUUGCCGAGCUCCUUCGCUUCCCACUCUCGAACCAGAGGGCUUUGUGCGUGUCGGUGGGGCGCACCUGGAAGAGGGAGAACUUGUGA